AUGAAGCUGUUUGUGAUUAAUUUUAUUUUGAUGUCGUUAGUGUAUAUGAGUUUUGGUGCCAGUGUUCCUUAUGAAACCGUCGAUAUCGAUAAAUUACUCGCCGAUGAUAAAAUGGUAACCGAAUACAUGGCUUGUCUAAGAGGAGAGGGACCGUGUAAUCCUGCGGAAAAAGAUUUAGAAGAACACAUUCCAUUAGUUCUCGGCAAUUACUGCGCUGACUGUAAUGACAAGCAGAAGAAUUUUGUUAUUAAAUUGGCAACGUUCGUUAUAAAAAACCGAUUUGAUGAAUGGAGACAAGUCCAGAAGCGUUUUGAUCCUGACUUGAGCCACGCCGAUGAUUUUAACAAAUUUAUUCUUGGAAGCUAA